UCCGCCGACGCCGGUCCCAAGCCCGGGUGAAAAAGGAGGAGGGUUGGGCAUCAGGCUAGCACCCUGAUCCCGUAAAAUCUAUCUUGCUACGGAAACAACAAGCAAAAACCAGCGGUCUAAACAAUACCGGCGCGAUGACCCUGUUUCUCCCUUGAUGACGGUGCUGGAGCAAAGCCGAAAGGUCGUCCAGCGCCCGAUGCAAAAUGGGAUACUCGACGCCAAUACGAUCACACGAAUUGGAACCUGGAACGUGCGAACGUUGUACCAGUGUGGGAGACUGGAGCAGCUUCUGCACGAAUUCGACAAUUACCGGCUUGACAUUCUUGGUGUCAGCGAAAUGAGGUGGACGGGUAAUGGAAAAAUGAUAAGCGACGGGAAGAUCGUCCUGUAUUCGGGAGCCAAAGAACAUCACGUGCACGGUGUCGGGAUGGUCCUGAGCAAAACCGCGGCACAGGCACUCGUUGGAUGGAAACCGAUCAGUGAUCGCAUAAUUACCGCCCGAUUUCAGUCUCGCCAUGCUAAAAUUACUGUUAUUCAAGUCUACGCACCGACAAAUGAGGCAGAUGAUGAAGAGAAGGACGCCUUCUACGACCAGCUGCAAGACACAAUCACGGUUAUCCCCAACCAUGACAUAAAGAUCCUCCUUGGCGACAUGAAUGCGCAACUCAGUAGCGACCGGCAGGGCUGGGAAAACGUGAUCGGACCUCAUGGAUCGGCAGCAGUAACGAGCGAUAAUGGAGAGCGUCUCCUAUCCCUAUGCAAUCUUAACAACCUUUGCAUCGGGAAUACAUAUUUCAUUCACAAACGGAUUCACAAAAAGACGUGGCGGUCACCAGAUGGGGCCACUCACAAUGAAAUCGACUAUGUAUGCAUCCAUCGACGGUGGCGCUCGGCUUUACGUGACGUACGGGUUUUUCGCGGCGCCGACGUCGGAUCUGAUCACCACUUGCUUGUGACUUCAAUCCGACUAAAAUUGAAAAGAGUGGCCGGACGCAACACCGUUCGGUCAUUUGCCUCCGAGAAAUUGAAGGACCGCGUGAACGCCGAGCACUUCCACAUUGAACUCGCUAAUCGAUUCCAGAUUCUUGACAACUCGGCCAGCAUCGAAGAACAAUGGGCACAGAUCAAGGAUGCUGCCGUAGAGACGGCAGAGAGAACGAUUGGUCGACGGCGUGGAACGCAGCGAGAACGGUGGAUUCAGGACCGGACAUGGUCGUUGCUCGAUGAAAGACGGGUCAAGAAACGUCAGCGCGAUCAAGCAAAGACCGAAGAGGAGCGAAAUGAAGCAUCGCAGGCGUACCGAGAACUCGACCGCAGGGUCAAGAGGAGUUGCCGAGCAGACAAGAAGGACUGGCUGGACCGGAAGGGCACUGAAGCACAACUGGCUGCGGACCAGGGUGACAGCAGGACUCUUUUUCGUGUGGUCAGAGAUCUUAAUGGGAAAGUCUUACAGGAGAUGACCACUAGCCUGGAGCACGAAGCAGCCAAAGUUGGGUUACGGAUCAGCACUGACAAGACCAACGUCAUGGCCGUCGGCCGGAUGACGCCGGUGCGGAUCACGCUAAAACCUGAUACCCACAAGGUGGCCUCACCCGCAGAGCUCCAGCCGGAGGACAACGUGGUGUCCUCAUCUCCAGAGCUCAUCUGCAUGAGAACACUCAUCUGCGUCGACGAGGCAGCCUUUCAAGCCACGUUACUAUCCCAGGUCGAAGAGACAGCCUCCCAAAUCACGUUGCUGACCAAGGUCGACGAGGCGGCCUCCUAUGCCAAAUUCCAGCUAGAGGUCAACGAGGUGACCUUCCAUGACAAGUUCCAGUCUGAGAUCGAUGAGGUGACGUUACAUGCCAAGUUCCAGUCCAUGGUCGCUGACAUGGACCACCAAGUUCUGCUCACUCCUGGGUCUGCUGACAUGUAA